AUGUUCACAAUAUUGCAGAAGCUCUGUCUCCAGCUACCGCCCGACCUGCCGCGCAUCCUGCCUGACAUCUGGCAACCAGAUGAGGUUGCCCGCGCAGUGACUUGUGGAGUAGACAUAUUUGAUGGUACCCUACCUUUCCGUCUCUCGCGAUCUGGCCUUGCAUGGCUCUAUCCUGGCUGGACGCCGACCAGC